UUAAAAUAAAUUAAACAAUAAACCGCCUGCCCGCGCUGCGCACACAGUUUUAUAAGUUCCCCUCCAUAGGAUGGAUUUACUAUUUUAAUGUAUUUCUAAUCGGGAGCCGAUAUCUUUCCUGUUGGGGAUCAGCGGUGAGGGAUGUGCGCCUGAACCGGGCGGACGGGCCCCAUGUGCGGCCUGGUCGGCGUCACCGUCCGCUCUCUGCCCUCAGCCGCUUUACAGCGACUGGCUGCCCGCUUUUCCUCGAGCCGGAGCUCGGGCUGGGGGGCCAUGCAGACCGCAAUUGUCCGUUGUGUCCCCACCGAGACCAAGUUGACCAUCUCGCUGCGGCUCGGGCCCGAGGGCGGAAGCCAGCGGCAUCUGCAGCGGGAGCAGAGCGAGAGCCUGCAGACGGCGCUCGGCCGCAUCGCCCACAACCUGGUCAAAGCUCAGGCCAAGAAGCCCCGGAAAGGCCGUAAGGAGGCGGCCUCGGCCCCGCUACAGGCCUCGGCUCUGCCAGUGAUCCUGUACCAGGGAGAGCAACCGGUUCCCGGGGACACAAGGAAUGCCGAGGCCUGGCAGGAUGGAGCUAUCUUACAGGUGGGCGAGUCCAGGUACCGAGUGGAGAGAAACCCACCCACUCUGACCCAGCUCCGGUUACCCACCUCCAUCUUGGCCGGCUUCCCGGUUUGCCCCAAGGUGGAGGUGGAGUUUGGGGAGGCCUCGCACUCCUUGUUCGAGUGGUGGCUGAAGGAGGCGACUGGGAGCUGGGAACCAGCGGCUAACGGCCGGAUCUUCACCCCCAGCAACAGCCACAUCGGCCUGAAGCUGAAGCUGAGAUGUCAACCGGGCGAUGAGCGGCGCUUCGGGGCACCGGUGGAGCUGGAAAGUGCUGGCGUGGUGGAGGCCGGUCCCGGGGCUUGUACCUUUGACAGCCGCCAGUGGCUCACCCGCCGGGCCCUGGAGGAACCGCUGGUCCGGGUGGUUUCUUACAACAUCCUAGCCGACGUGUACGCUCAGACGGAGCUCUCCAGAAAUACCCUGUAUCCUUACUGUCCGCCCUAUGCACUCGAGCUCGAUUACAGGCAGAACCUUGUCAAGAAAGAGCUCAGCGGCUACAAUGCCGACAUCAUCUGUCUCCAGGAGGUGGAUAAGAGCGUGUUUACCAACAGCUUGAACCCGGCCCUUAAUGCUUUCGGCUUUCAGGGAGCGUUUCGGAUCAAGGAGAAGCAGCACGAAGGCCUCUCGGUUUUCUUCAGAGCCUCCAAGUACCGGCUGUUAAGUCAACAUGAUGUGACCUUAAGCGAGGCUUUGGUUUCGGACCCUUUACACGCCGAGAUUUUGGAGAAGAUUUCUACGAAUCCCAAAGUCAAAGAAAAGGUUUUGCAAAGAUCAACCACACUCCAGGUUUGUGUACUUGAGUCUCUUAAAGAUUCAUCAAAGAAGUUGUGUAUUGGUAAUACUCAUCUUUACUGGCAUCCAAAAGGAGGCCAUAUUCGCCUUAUCCAGAUAGCAAUUGCCUUUCGUCACCUUCAACACAUUACAGCAGAAAUGUACCCUGAUAUACCAGUAAUAUUUUGUGGUGACUUCAACAGCAGCCCAAACUCAGGUUUGUAUGAGUUUGUCACCAAGGGACAUAUUUCUGCUGAUCACCCAGACUGGACUUCAAACGGUGAGGAAGAAUGUUGCAGCAUGUCAAUUAUGCACUCCUUUAAAUUAAGAAGUGCUUGUGGAGAACCUGCUUACACAAAUUAUGUGGGUGGUUUCCAGGGUUGUCUGGACUAUAUUUUUGUAGAUAUGAAUGUGUUUGAAGUUUUUCAGGUUAUUCCUUUUCCAAGUCAUGAGGAAAUCACCUGCCAUUCGGCUCUGCCAAGUGUUUCCCACCCAUCAGAUCAUAUUGCACUGAUCUGUGAUCUGAAGUGCAAAUAAGUUGUGGGCCUCCUGUAACUUCUGGAAGUUAACAAUUUUGAAUGUGUACAAUGUCAAACAAUGGACUGCCCUUAUUAAUAGUUAUCAGUAUCUAUAAAAGAAAAUAAUGAUUGGUAAUGUUUUGGAUUGUGAUCUUUGUUAAUAACUGCCUGAAGCUAACAAACCUGUUAUUCCUGUAGUUUGGUGUUUGUUUUUAUAGUCUUAAUGCAAUGCAAUCAACAAAAUGGAUAUUUAUAAACUAAAAACCAAAACCAGAAUGGAGCAACUACUGGAUUUGUAAUUGAUGCAAAAAGUUCACAUUUCACUGAAAUAUUGUGUGCAGUCUUAAGGAAACAAUAGAUUCCGAACAGAACAUUAAAUUAUAAUUUAAUACUGAAAAUAUGGAUUUUUCUUUAUGUACAAUAUGGUGAACAUACACAGCCAACCAUCUGGGUAUUAAGAUUAUGUCCACUGGAUAUUCCAAGAGGCAGAUCAUGGAAAUGUUGCUGAUUAAAGAUUUGAACAUCACUGACUAUUUAGUGCAAAUAAAUUAAACCAUUAUUGUUCAAAAGGCUAAAAUUCCUGACCUGUCAAGAUUAUUUGAGCAAAAUUCAAAAUAAACUGUGUACCUCGACUUUCAAUUAGCCAGCCUUACCUUCAAAAGGAUAUGUCAAAAUGAUAAACUUCACCUAAAAGUUAUGAAAAUACACUGACACUAUAUAAUGAGGACAAUGGAGGAUGCAGCGUGAUAAGAAUGUUGGCAAUGGUGAAUUAGUGGCCCCUUCCACAUAUCACUAUUUUCCAAAAUAACAAAAGGGCAGCAUAACAUCAGAGAUCAUGGUUUUAUUUUACUGCCAAUUUCACCUUGUGUAAGAGUCUGAAUAAUAAAUUUUUAAAAUUUUCAUUGAACUAGAGAUCAUGAAUGCUAGCUUAACUGGCUUUGGGUAAUACUGCAUUUAGAAAAGUGCAAAUGUAAAGCUCAAUUAAAGUCAACUUUCAAUUGUGAAAAAUUGUAAAUAAAUUUAAGAAAAAUAUA